AUGAGCAUUGGUUUAGGAAGAACAGUACUGAUAAAAUUUACAUUUCGGAAAGCAGUGAGCGAUAACGUCAGGUCAAAUGUGUUAAGUAGGGCAGAAUUAUUUCGGAGUGUUUGCCCAAAAGGCUAUCGGAUGAAGGACAAUGUAUGCACUGAUAUAAACGAGUGCGAAUCAGCUCGAGAAAUAUGCCAUCAUAAGUCUUCAUGCAUUAAUACAGCCGGAGAUUAUUUAUGUGAACGCACAUGUCCUACAGGUUACAAAAGUGGUUUACAAGGGGACUGUGAAGACAUUGAUGAAUGUGAACUUGGCAUGCAUAAUUGCAAGGCUGGUUCUCGUUGUAUAAAUAAGCAAGGUGGAUUUUCAUGCGAUGCAUCAUUGUGUGCUGAAGGGUUCACUCGUGAUAGCAACGGCUAUUGUAAAGACGUAAACGAAUGUGAAGAAUUGCCAUGUGGUGAAUUAGAAUGUGUGAAUUACAUAGGCUCUUACAUUUGCCUUUGUCCAACUGGUUUUUUCGUAAGUAGUGAAGAACAUUGUGCGGAGCAGUCUCAAAUUUGGACAAGUUCAAAAACAAUUAAAUUUAAUGAAAAUUCAAGUAUAUGUCCUGAAGGCUACCAUCACAGUGACGGGUUUUGUAAAGAUAUUAACGAGUGUGUAUACGAUUUUCCUUGUAAGUAUAAGUGCCAAAAUACUGAAGGCGGAUAUCAGUGCUUAUGUCCGGAAGGUUAUGAAGUCGAAGAUAAUGACUGUAAAGACAUCGAUGAGUGCUUGUAUGAUCCAUGCUCUGAAGAAGAAUUAUGCUUCAAUCAUUUGGGAAGUUAUGAAUGCUUGUCCACACCUUGUCCGACUGAUUUCCAUCGAGAAGGACUAAGUUGUGUACCAAAUUGUGUGAAUUGUUCUCAUAUCCCCAUGCAAAUACAUCUCAUAUCUGUUCCACGUGACGUACCGGCUGAAACAUUAUUACUUGAUUCUACACUUCAUGAAUAUACAACGAAGUCGCCAAACCGAACACGUUAUAUUGUGAGACCAGUUUCCAGAUUCUUGAGAUAUACACGCUUUUCAUUUACUGUAGAAAAUGGUCGAAUAAUGUUACGGAAUACUGAAAGUCUGCAUGAAUCUGGUACAUACAAACUUGUCAUUCGCAGCAUCUCAAAACUACCUUCCAAUGUGGACAAAAUUCAAUGCGAAUUAAUUGUCUUCAUUGCUAUUUCUGAGUACGAUUUUUAAUA